AAUUGUUUACAUACAACUUGCUGAUUUGGGGCGAAAUAGUUUUUAUCAGUCCAAUUGUUUGUGAAAGUAAAUUUUCUGAUCAGUGUGAAGGCUCACAUCGAGUCUCGGUCGUAUGAGUCACAUCACUGAUCUUUAUUCCGACAGUGAGAUUCGGGUGCAGCGUGGACGUUACACAGAGUUGUCGGCUGUGGACACUCUGCGGGACACAUGGCAGAGGAAGGCAACAAGCUGACACUGAGGCGCCUGGAGGGACCCAUCAACAAGUUCAUUAAAGUAGCUCUGCCCACGGACCUGGAGAGGCUGCAGAAACACCAAAGUAACAUACUGAAGUAUCAACAGAGCCAGCAGUGGGAGCGCCUCCAUCAGGAGCAAAUAAAUGCCAGCAGAACUGUUCAGCAACUGAGAGCCAACAUGAGAGAGAUGGAGCAGCUGUGCAGCCGGGUCCGAUCUGAAGACGCCGAAGCUCUGGAGGAGCUCGUAAAGCCGGUCAGGGAGAGCGCGUCAGCCGCUGCACAGGACUUCCUGCUUCUGCACUCCAACCCGCCCCCACCAGUCCCCGCGGCGCCGCCGAACACUCGACCCUCCAUCAAUCGGUCCAGCAGCUGCCACGAUCUGGAGGAGGAAGACGAGGAGCCGCUGUCGGACCUGCAGAUUCAACUUCGACUUCCAGAAAUUCCGUCCGAUCAGAACGCGUCCGAGUCCUGGGAUAAUCUGGAAGAGGACCUGAAGGAACUGAGCGGCUUGGUGACGGAGUUCUCCCUGCUCGUCCAUUCCCAGCAGGAGAAGAUUGACAGCAUAGAGGACAACGUCAACACAGCCGCGGCCAACGUGGAGGAGGGGACCAGGAGCCUGGGGAAGGCGGCGGGCUACAAGCUGGCGGUGCUGCCGGUCGCCGGGGCGCUGCUGGGCGGCGCGCUGGCAGGGCCUCUCGGCCUGCUGGCCGGGUUCAAAGCUGCUGGGGUGGCUGCUGCUGUGGGAGGGGGCGCCCUGGGCUUCGCGGGUGGCAGCCUGGUCCGAAAACACCGCCGAGCUCAAGUGGACCAGCAGAUGAGACGACUGACGGCGCCGCCGGCAGAAGAACUGGAGAAAAAUAAGGACAAAUGAAGCUCUUCUGCGCGGACUGACUGACCUGGACCUGUGGGUCUGAAGAGACUCAGCGCCAGACAAUGUGUGCACUUUGUUGAACAGAUGUUUAAAAAUGCCUUAAUUGCGACCUGCAGUCCUGCUCAGACGGUUCUGCAUCAGGACGACUCCGACACUUUGAUUGUUUAAAUGGUUUAUGUUUACCCAGGUUGGGUUAAAGUACAAAAAAACGCAAUGACUUCAUAAAAGCAUGAAAAGGAGCACAAAUUCAAACUAGCAUGACUCCGCCACUACCAUGCAUCGCAGUUGGUUCCAUGUCACUCCUUUAGCUACUCGUUGGCUUGAACUGUACUGGUUUCACGGUUGCACUUAGAUACACUAGCCAAUUAAUUUUCAUGUGAGGAAAACAGUUUUGUGGAGACGUUUUUUUUGUCUCCAACACCAAAAUUAUACCAAACAGUGAUGUUGAAAUGGAUAAAACAUUAACUUACUAAAACACUUUUCCCCAAAGAUGACUUGGAUAUUGUUUAUAAUAUCUGAACGUUUUAAAAUGACAUCACCGACAAGAAACCAAAUUAUUUGAAUGAACUCUGCAGGUUCAGCCAAGAAGAAUCAUCAAAUGUUUUUCUCAAAUGACACCAAAACCUUGUUCAUCGUUCUCUGUGGCUGAAGUGCAUUUGGUGGUGGUAUGUAUAACCUUAAAAACUUAAUCGUUCCAAGAACAGCUCAAAUGGUGAGACUGUAAAAAUCUUCAGGUGUGAAUGGUUUCUUCAGCAAUAUUUACUGCAUCAAAGCACACUACAGCUUAUACCUGUUUUUUUUAAUGUGAAAAUGUGGCCUUUGUGAGAAAAUCAUGAGAUUUCAACAUUUGUGCCAAUGCAUCACUAAGGCAGAUGAAAGCCUUGCCUCUUCCUUUUCUUCUUCUGCAGGGUUUCUACAUUGUCUAUUCUUCUGUGUUUUUGUGAAUAGCUAAUGACAAAUUGAAGUAAUAAUUCUUAUAUUUAUGCAGCAAAGUAUCACUCCUGGUGCCAAAGUCCAGACCACUUCAGUCUGGAGAGUUGUUGUAUCCCGAGAUGCUUCUGUUGUCAAAUAAAGUAUUUCUUUUUUAGCAAAGACGUCGCUCAUUGACAGAAACAAAUGGGAUGAAUAAGUUGGCGUAUUUUUGUUGGAUGAUCUAAUUUUAGCUAGAUACUAAUGAGUGACCGCCCAGCAUCAUGCUGCCACUACUGGAUUUUUAGUUGAGCUUUAUGUUUUAGGUUUUAUGUUAAAAAAAAUCUGUUUUUUUUUUUUAACUGUUGUGAGAAAAGGAAAAAUCUAAACAUCCAAGCAUAAUUCUCAGAAUUUCAGGAGACGUCAUGAUCAAUAACCAGUUAAG